AUGCCCAACAUCCGCAUUUUCUCAGCCUUGCCGUUAGCCACAUUGAGGCACACAUUGGGCAGCGUGCGAAUUCCUGUCACAGGGGGUGAGCCUAGGGCCCUUAGCCCUGUGGAAGUUAUUCAGGUGGCGUUGAUGUGGCGUCUGGUUAGAAAGAAGUUUGACCUACCGGACGUGGAUCCUCUCGAAGAUCCCGGUCAGCAAGUCGGUUCAGCUGCUCCUGCUCAAAGCGCGGGACAGGCCCCGGCAAAGCGAAUCAAGACCUCAUCAGUUCUGGACCAGCUGGAUGAAUCAGAGAUUGAGUUGUUGAGCAAAUCCGAGCUGUAUAGAGCUUAUAGGAACUAUCAAGAAAUUACAGGUGCCGAACCCACCCCGGAUUCGGAGCCUACACCAGAACAAGUGGCCGCGCUGCAUGCUAAGGUAGUUGCACGUGGUGAGGCUCCAUACGCUGAUUUCUCGGUGUUGACGCCUUUUGGCCGACGCGUGCAGAAGCAGAUGAAGGCUCGGGCAUGGGUGCUCCAGCAAGACGGGACUUUCAAAGCGCUGGAUGUGCCCGGGCACCCUGGUACUGGGUCCCCACCGGUGCCGAAGCAGGUGGUCACCUCUGCUUGCUUGGACGAGUACUUUAAGCGGUUGGCGAGGCUCAACGCAGAUUAUCUUGAAUAUUGGCGUUUACUCAUGGUGGCUGAGGACAAGCUGCGUGCAGAGCUUUUCGAGAGAUUUCGCCGGCAGCUCACGAAGGCUAGCCUUGAAGGGCGCCUGCCAAUGGGCAUCAAUUUCGAUGCCGCUGCCCCUUGGACAGGUGUGUUUGUCUAUGCUGCCCGAAACUGGGAGUACUGGCACGACAAUGUGACGAAACCAGCUCAAGAUUUCUUGGCAAGGGGCGGCAAGCUUAUGAGCGCUGAGAAGGCCAGCAGGAUCAACGUGCCGGAGCAUGUGCAGGAGGCUGUUGACAAUGCUAUGGGAAAGGGUGCAGCCUUUAGCAAGUCGUUCCAGGGGACCCCAUUUCAGGGAACCUCAAGGCAAGCCAAGAAGCGCAAGAAGGAACGUGAGAGGAGAGAGUCGUAG